AUGUUGCCUGACUGUCGGGGUCUGGUGUAUCCAAUCCAUCACGGCGAGCCGCUGCCACUGCUCGCGGUGCGCCUGUGCCGAGAACAAAAGGUUCAGGAGUUGGCCGCGAACAUCGCGCAGCGUCUUUUGGAUGCGCUGAAGGAAGCCGAAGAGAAGCGAAAAGGCGAAACUUGGGAAGAGGAGAGACGCGCCUUGCGCGCCGCGAACCGCCGCAGCGAGGAAGGGAACCUCAAAGCUCUCCUAGACUGCACAACGUUCAGAAAGGGAGAGAAACGAAGGAAGGGCGGCCUCGAGAAGGGAGACGCAGAACAGCGACACUCGCGCAUUCGAUGCUACUGGCCAACGAUAGAAGACGACGCCUCAAAGAUGAGUGUCUUCUUUCGAGAGUUCCACGCCACUCUCUACCUCCUCUUCGAACCAAGGCUUUUCUCGUCUCCCCCCCUUUCUCCCUUCCUCGCUCCGUCCUCUUCUUCUCUUUCUCCUUCCUCUUGUUCCUCUUCCUCUUCUUCCUCUUCCUCUUCUUUUCUUUCUACUUCCUCUUCCUCCCCUUCCUCUUCUUCUCUUUCUCCUUCGUUUUCUCUUCCGGUUUCUGCUGUUUCUUCGUCGCUCGCGUCUGUUCAGGCGUCGACUGGCGGGGACUGGGACUCUGUGGAGGGCCGGGCGGCUCAAGGCGAAGCGCUCGCCAUCGACGCUCGCUCAAACGGCGAGUUUGUCUUCGCGCUUCUGCAUCCACACGUCUUGGAGAUGGUCGUCCCUUCUCUCAAGCAAGGGAAGCGUCUCCACUUGCUGCUCGCCUUUCUCCACUGCGUCGAAAGCUACUUUGCGCUGCAUCCGUGCAGCAAGGAGACCGUCGAUCCGAAUCGUCUCUUGUUUGCCGUGGGACCGGCUCGUGCACUUCUUCUUCUUUCGCGUCUCGGCUUUUUCCUCGCUGAGCCUUCGCAGUGCGCGGCGCUCCCGCAGCUUCUCUUUGCCAAGCUCGGUCCUUCCUCAGUCGACGCGAUCCUCCUCGAGCUCCUGAAGGAUCCUGGCGGGAACGUCUUUGAGGCGAUAAAGUUCGUUUCUUUCCUCCGAGCUUUGGAGAAAACGAAGAGCCUCGACGCGCCUUUGAAAGGCUCGCGGUGGACGCUCCGAGAUGUCACCGACAGCGUCAGCAGCCGCAGAUCCGAGCACCUCCUCCUCGCCUUCCUUCGCUCCCUCGCUCCACCCGAAACGCAGGGAGACAGCGCCGAACGCGAGAGCGGCGAGAAGGCAGUGGUUGGAGAAGAAAUAAUCCGGAAGGAAGAAGAAAGAGAACGCGGGGAGACACUCGCAACGGAAGCCUGUGCGUGGCUGGCGAGGAAGACACCCGACACAGGCGAGAUCGCCGACUCUUGGGGAUACUUGGUGAGUCGGGCAUUCUUGCUCAGCCGCCUCCGUCGCCAGCAGGCAGCCCCUGCCGCUCCCGAGCUGGCGUCUCGGGCGGAGAACGAAAGCGACUCUCAGGAAGGGCGGAAAGGAACCUGCCGAGAGAGCGAAGAAGUGGAAGAAGACGGCGGGUGUGAGGAAGGAACGAAGCGUUUGGGAGGAAGGCCUCGCGGAAGCGAAGCUGCCGUCGAGACGGCGGUGAAGCCUCGCGGUGUACGGACACUCGACGGAGACUAUGUCCCUCAAUUGCACGCGUCGGAUACCCAAGAAGAAACAGCCAAAGGAGACGAAACAGAUUCAGAAGAAGAGGAACUCUUGAGUCUCCCUUGUGUGGCCGAUAGCGCUGGUUCUCCCGGAUGCCCAUCUGCUUCCUUUUCCCCGUCCUGGACGCUGCCGCCAGAGGCCAGUCCUCAACGAGAAGAACACCCGACUGAUGCCAGAAAUUCCCCACUUCUGUCUCCUUCUUCUUCUCCGUCUUCUCCCUCUUCUUCUUCUCCUCCUUCUUCUCCUCCUCUUCCUCCUCUGUCUCUGCCUUUUGGCGUAGAUCGCGUCGUUUUCUUAGACACGGUGGAGGGUCUGACUCGCCUGUUCGCGUUUCUUCGCGCGUCGCAGGAAGCCGCGUGUCGGGUGUUGACUCCUGCAGAGGCCGCGGGCGCCUCUCUCGCGCCGCCGAGGGUGCGGUGGAGAGACAGCCGGGGAGCGCCUCCCGCGGAAGGAGGUCCCUCCGCCCGUUCCUCGCCUUCUCCCUCUCUUUCUACAGGGGGAGACGCCGACCGUGCACAGGUCGGGGCGGCGGGAAGGGAUGCCGUGCUCCACGCGAACAAAGACAGGAAAGAAGCCAUCGAAAAGAAAGACAAGCGAGGAGAGAACGAAGAGGAAGGAAUGAGAGGCGACGCAGCAGGCAAACACGGACAGAAAGCCAUCAGACGCCCUGAAGCGUGUGAGGCGGUGUCGGGCUGCUGGGCUGAGGGUCAGUCUUCGCUUGUGCUCUCCCGCGAAGAGUCCGUUUCCGCGACGGCGCGAGAGACUGCCGUUUCGUUGCUGCCGCCUCUUCCCUCCGUCGUUCCUUUUCUGCCUUUCGUGGUGGCGUUGGACCUCGAAUGGACCUUGCCGCAUGCAGCCAGUGUGCUGUCUCUCGCGACCGAGAGCCGCGUGUUCCUGAUUGAUUUGGUCAACCAGAAUCCGGUGUACAAGGCGACGCUUCUCCAGCUGCUGCGCUGGGUUUUUGCAAAUCCCUUUAUCGCCAAGUUGAUGUACCAAGCCAGUGGAGACAUCACCAAGUUGUUCUUCGCGCUUGGAGCCGUCGGCAGACCUGGGGUGCUCACGCACUGCAUCGACCUCAGACACCCGCGAGUUCGGCUUUCGCCAGGAUCGACAGAUCGAGUGGCGAGAAGAGUGCAUGAGGCGCCAGCGGGUUUCCUGCCGCCUGCCGAAGUAGCGACUGCCGGCCGUGCUUCCGCUUUGGGCUGGAAGGCUGCAAGGACUCUGCCUGCGACAAACGGAGGGGAGAGAGAGACGGGGCGGAGACAGCCGGAAGAAGGCGGGUGCGACGCGACCGACGCAGAAGGGAAAGAUGCCGGCGAGCAGACGGGGCCGGGGGCGAGGCGCGUUCGCUUGGGGGAAGACCGCUCGGCCGCCGCACAGAGAGAGGAGUGGGAAGACGCUGGCGGAAACGAAGACGAGACGCCUGGGAAGCGCGCGCGCCCCGUCAAACGACGCUUCCCGAGUCUCCAGGAGAUGUGUCGACAGGUGCUGCAUGCGGACUUGGAUAAAGCCGAGCAGCGAUCGAACUGGAACAUGCGCCCUCUGACGGUCUCUCAGACCCGCUACGCAGCCUUGGACGCGUAUGUCCUCAUUCUGCUCGAGGCCGCUCUGAGGCGCCACGGAUGGGUACCCGAGAACAUCCUCGGCGGCCUCGGGGAAUUCAGCGCGCUCGCCUUCCAGGGCGUCGGAAUGCGCGGUGUGGGACGGAGCGGCUCUCCCGAGUAUUUGGGUUCUCUGUCUCUUCCCUUCUCUAAGUGCAGGUGGACGGCCGGCGGAUUUUCAGAUCCACUACCAGAAGAACGCGAGUAUGCAGGCGUCCAAGGUCGAGGCAGCCGAAAGACGGGAGUUCAGAUGGCGGUGACGGUGGCCACGUCGCCCUCGCGCGGCCGGGCGGCGAUUUGA